UCAAUGGGGUGGCUCUAUAAAAGGGGGCACAGGAGGAGAAGGGCUCACUCCAGGGGAUCGCUCUUGCAAAACCAAGCUACAAGGCAGGCUUGCAGAAGGGGCAGUUCCGCCAUGCCCAGCUCAGUGCUGCUGUGUUGCCUGGUCUUACUGGCUGGGGUCAGGACCAGCCAAGGCAUGGGCACCCAGUCUGAGGACAGCUGCACCCACUUCCCCGCCGGCCUGCCCCACAUGCUCCAAGAGCUCCGAGCCGCCUUUGGCAAAGUGAAGACUUUCUUUCAAACAAAGGACCCGCUGGACAACACGCUCUUGAACCAAUCCUUGCUGGAGGACUUUAAGGGCUACCUGGGCUGCCAAGCCUUGUCGGAGAUGAUCCAGUUUUACCUGGUGGAGGUGAUGCCCAAGGCGGAGAAUCACGACCCCAGCGUCCAGGAGCACGUGAACUCCCUGGGGGAGAAGCUGAAGACUCUCCGGCUGCGGCUGCGACGCUGUCAUCGAUUCCUUCCCUGUGAGAAUAAGAGCAAGGCGGUGCAGCAGGUGAAGGACGCAUUCAGUAAGCUCCAAGAGAAAGGUGUGUACAAAGCCAUGAGUGAGUUUGACAUCUUCAUCAACUACAUAGAAGUCUACAUGACGGAGAAAGCAACACACUGAAGCACUGAGGAUGGCGACUCCAUCCACUGGACUCUUGGACUCUUGCUCAUAAAAUGGAGGUCUCCAAACUGUGACGCAGGGUUCUGGGCCACCUGAACCAGCUCUGGGGAGAACCCCACUGUACCUCUCUCCUGUGAUAUUUAUUACCCAUUCUUAUUUAUUUAUGAGCUUCUCUGUGAACUAUUUAGAAAGAAGCCCAAUAUUAUAAUUUUUUCAGUAUUUAUUAUUUUCACCUGUUUUAAGCUGUUUCCAUAGGAUAACACACUAUGGUAUUUGAGUGUUUUAUGAGACAUUUUUAAUUUAUAUAAGAGGAGAGAUGUUCCUUGGGGAGCCAAGUAAAUCUUCCAUUCCAAGCAGGAACACGUUUUCUAGCUGUUGGGCUGUUUUCCAUGACCUCCUUCUAAUUUCUCUUUUGCCUGGGCUUGGGGAUCUGGGGGCACUGCAAACUCGCACCCUCCUAGGAAGAGAAACCAGGGAGCUCCCUCACUGACUAACUGUCCAGCAGCUCAGAGGGAUCCCCUGACCGCACCCUCCAGCCACUCCAUUCUUGAAAGCUGUUGCUCGCGCGUUAUUUAUGAUGGCCUAAAGUUGGUUCUAAUAGAA